AGCAGAUGGUGGUGUCUACCUCCUUCGUCCCGAAGUUCUUUGGCCAUGAACGGACCUACUGAAGCUUGCUUUGGCAUAUGUUCUCUGGCUGGUGACCACCAGGCAAUACGUUAGUCAAGGAAAUAGGAAUAACCCAGCGGCCAAGCGACCUGACAUUCCAACCUUUAGUGAAAACCACAUCAGCUGCUGAAUGCUGGUAACCCCCCUUCUCCUUGAUCCCUUGCUCUCUACGAGAGGUCUCUGCUCCGAAGACGUGAGAUUGAUGAGGCUGUUCAGAGAGCUUGCAGAAGAUGGCGUCCUUGGAAGCUACCAACCGCCUCCUACAGCUGAGAACAGCUCACUAUCACGGGCCCAACAAUUCAUCAACAAGUGGGAGCUGCAGUGCAUGCUGCUGGCGAGCUUCUCCUUGCAAAUCUUCCUCUUGUUCUCCUCUGGCUUCCGCAAGCGCCACAGCUCCCGUGUGCUCAGUGUGCUGUUGUGGCUUGCCUACCUCUCAGCUGACCCUGUCGCGGUUUAUGUCCUCGGCCGCCUCUCGCUACGCGCCAGUGGCUCCUCUGACCCACGGAACCAGCAGCAGCUAGUCCUCUUCUGGGCACCCUUCCUGCUGCUCCACCUCGGUGGGCAAGAGACCAUGACGGCCUUCUCCAUGGAGGACAACACGCUCUGGAAGCGCCACCUGCUGAGCCUCGCCACCCAGAUGGCGACGGCUAUCUACGUUGUCAGCAAGCAACUGCGAGGAGACAGCCGGCUCGUGGCUCCCAUGGUGCUUGUGUUUGUCUUUGGGACAGCUAAGUACGCCGAGAGAAUUUGGGCGCUCAGGAGAGCUGGCUCUGUGGCACCUGGAACGAGUAGCUCCACUGCAAAUCUUGUUUCUCGUGCCUCCAGCAACGCCGUCUGGGACACACAGGGGUAUUAUAGUCAGCUGUGCUAUGUUAUUGAAAGGAAGCUGGAGAGAAAUUUCGAGUUCAUCCUGGCUGUAGCAAAUGAGGGCUUCAGACUAAGCCUGGGCUUUUUCAUGGAUAUGACACCUUCAAUUUCUCUGCUUCCGGAGGAUAUCAGUGAGAUCAAAAAUAGUGUGGAGGUUUUUAAAUCUUCAGAGGAUAUUGUCCACAUGGCAUACAAGCUGGCCGAGAUCAAUCUCUCCCUGAUUUAUGACUACUUGUACACCAAGUUUGGGACGCGCCAUUUCCACAUCGUCCCAGUUUGUAAUGUCUUCCACUUGAUCAUCAAAAUUGCUCUAAUCUCGGUGGCGCUCGCGUUGUUCAUGAGGGCCAGAGCUGGACAAAAGGCACAUGAUGUAGUUGAUGUUAUCAUAUCUUACAUACUGCUUGUUGGUGCCAUUGUUCUGGAGAUAUGCUCUGUCCUCAUGUCAUUCAUCUCAUCAUGCUGGGCAUACAAGACGAUCAUCACUCUUCCCCUAGCAUGCCCACUGUGCCAAAAAUUCCCUGGUGUAAUUGCAGCAUUGCUCAGCUUGGUCAGGCAUCUCCACCCUGACAGCCGAGGGGAGUGGUCAGGAAAGCUGGCUCAGUACAACAUGAUUGAGGGAUGCAUCCAGGAGAAACAGGCAGGCGCUGGCCUGCUACGACGGGCGAGGCGCUACAUCGGCAUCGAUGACAGCAAGGCCAUCAAGCAUAUCGGUGUCUCUCCUGAGGUCAAGAAGCUGGUCCUUGACAAACUGUUGGAGAUAGCAUCCACUUCGCGCGUGCUGGAAUGGGACCUUGGUGUCGGCAAGUUUCGUGGCCAAUGGGCUCAGUGGGUUGUUGAAGCGAAGGAAGACCAUCUCCGUAGCGCAGCUCAGCAAGUGCUUCAGGUUAGUAACAUCCAAGGCCUGGAAUUUGUGUCGAGCGUCCUUCUUUGGCACAUCAUCACAGACAUAUGUUUGCUUGUCGAUGAGGAUGAAGAUGGCGGUGCUGAGCUGAGAGGCCCUAUCAGAGACCUGUCGGAGUACACCAUGUACCUAAUUGCAGAUUGCGGCGUCAUGGCUGGCAGCGAAGGACAUUUCGUGCUCAGGAAGGGCCGCCAUGAGGUGUUAAGCUGGCUGCGGGAGAAGGGUGAAUCUGGAUGUGACCGGAGGAAGGUGAUUGAGGAGAUUCGCAAUGAGGACAGCUCCUUCUUCGCUGAUAACUAUUACCCUGUGCUCGAUCGAGCUCGCCGGGUAUCGUCGGACUUGCUUGUGCUUGAAGAACCCGGCGAUCGAUGGGAGCUCAUUGCUGCGGUGUGGAUGGAGAUGCUUUGCCACAUUUCAUACAACUGCGGGGCUGGGUUCCACGCCAAGCAGCUGACGACAGGUGGGGAGUUCGUCACGCAUGUCAAGAUGCUCCUGUUUAUGCUCGGGGUGCCUUUUCUGAGGGAUGUGAAGGAACCGUUGUUCUACAGGGCUGGGAACCUCUAUUCAUAAGGUGCUGGAAACUUUUCAGUUUUCCUUUCUUCAGCUUGAUCCAACAAGCUUCGUUUGUUUGGCUUGUGGUGUUAAGUUUUCGGUCAUGUGUUGGCAGCUACAGUACUUCUAGGCUGUUUUCUUGCAAUGAACUAUGAAAUACUUCUUCCUGUAUCAUAAUUUUUGGGGAUCAAUUAAAUUGUAUUUGUACAUAGGGAGUAUGAGGCUGUGAGCUGAAACACCUUGUACCCAACCUAUUUGUUUGUCUUUAUCUGUAAAUUAAAGUUUUGAUUUGCUGGGUGCAUUAA